AUGGACAACUCCUUUGUGGAAGAAGUGGCUGCAUCACUGGUGAGAGAAUUUCUCAGUAGAAAGGGUUUGAAGAAAACCAUCGCUACCAUGGACCGAGAGCUUCCACGUUCUGCACUUAGCAUCAACAACAGGAGUGAACUUCGAAAUGUCCUGCACCUGCACUCCUUGUACAAACAGAACAAGGCAAAGGAGAACCCACUGAAAACACUUCUUGAAAUUAUUACUAAUUACUUCCUCGAGCACCGUGGGACUUCCAGAAGCACCAGUUCAAGCUCUGCUCUCUCAGCUCCUCAAAGUAAGAGCUCAACUUCUCAUCCACCCAACUUAUCGGAUGAAGAUCACCUGCGUGGCAGUGCCGUUAUGCUUGAUGAAAGGGAAACUCAAGCCCACAGAUGCGAUGUUGAGAAUCCACAAGAUAAAAUCCCUCCAUCCAGAAAACAUCAACACAAAAGUGAAAAAUGCCACACAGGGACAAUCCACAACAACCACUUACCCUCUGAUGGGGAUAAGAAGUCCAAAGAUAAUCGAGAUGAUUUAAAAGCAGCAAUAAUUUCUGAGGAGUUGAAAUCCACAGUGAAGGAGAAGCCAAGGGCCAGGACUGGUCUCAUUGUCAGAGGAAUGAUGGCUGGACCAGUAGCGAGUUCACCAGAGGAUCUGCCAAAAAGGAGGCUUUCAAAGCGAUCCACUAGCAUAAGCAGCACAUCACAGAUCAAGGGUGAAGACCAUGAAGAAAAUUACCUGAGUGUCCAUAGCACUGAUUUUCAAGAAAGCAAGGGAUCUUCAACACAAGGAAAUACGGAGUUUGCAUCAAAGACUAUGGCAAGCUCACAUGCAAGUUCAGCCUCUGAAAAACUAAGAAAUGUGCCCAGAGAUACAGAGGACUCUGUUGCCAAACUGCUGCCCGAAGGAGAGAGGACCAAGACCGAAGAAAGAAAAUCAGUGCCAAGCUUUGGUGCAGACAGCAAUGAAAAAAGCCUUAAAGUGAGUGUCCCUCACAGACAUUCAGUGUCUGGAAGAGAAAAGAGAGAAAGAACCCUCAAGAAAAAUGAGAGUCGGUUGUCGGGCCACAG